AUGUCGAACCGAUCGGGUCGUUCUUGGUACCGUCUCUCUAGCAUCGUCCGGCCCACACCACACUCUUCACGCGACCCAUCCCCUCCCCGCGACGUCAUCCAACCACCACAGUCUCCGACUGCUCCACCUUCACAUCCUCCGCCGCCUCAACCCUUGUCCACACCAUUACGUCCUCCACCAAUAGAAGUCCACGAGGCUAAACCGAGUCCGGUUACAUCUUCACGUUCUAUAAAACACGAACCACAUAAGCCUAGGAACGAACACGAGAUCACUCAUCGGAAAAACAUAUCUACGUUAUCGGAGGAAACAAACCUCGUACAUGAACCAAACAAGGAGGGGCAACAACAAUCUGAUGACGUCAUCAUGGGCACACAAAGGCUCAUAACCAUUUCUGGUGAAAACAAAGGAGCUGUAAUGGAGAUAAUACGGUCACCGUCACCGAGGAAGACACGUGGCAUCGGGAAAGGACGGCGACUCCAAAGCAGCAGUGAAGACGACGAAGGAGAGGAGUCAAAGUCAAAGACACAUAGCAAUAAUGGUGGAAAUCUACUGAUGGAUGGUUUUGUGAACAGUAACGUUCAGGUCGUAAAUGGCUCCGUCGUUUACAACUCGGCGGAGACUCAUUAUGAUCCCGGCGUUCAUCUAAGCCUUUACCGGAAACCUAACUCCGGCAAUGGUUUUAGUAUCAAGGACCAUGGAAAUGGCUACAACAGUUCAACCAACUAA